AUGGCAGAGACAGAACUUGCGGUUGGCCCUGCGUCUGAGGGAUCGGUGCAGUCUCCAAAGACCAAGCCUACACCAGAAGCAAAGUCGUUCCCAUUAAAAUUCACCUACUCAAAUAGCGAAGAUGGUAUUGAUGAGAAUUUGCUCGUGCUACUUCACGGUUUGGGCGAUACAGAGACCCCAUUCGCUGGACUUGCUCGACGAUUACGUUUGCCUCAGACAGCUACACUGUCUCUAAGAGCACCGGAUCGGAUUCCCUUCUUCGAUGAAGAUGCAUUUCAGUGGUACAGGUCUUUCGACCUCUCGGGAGAGCUCCUGGAAAGGCCAGAUCCUACCCCUGCAUUGGAAAUCCUAGACCGUGUAAUUGAGCACCUUACAGUCAAGUGCUCUUGGCCCAUAAACCGAAUACACUUAUUUGGAUUCGCUCAGGGUGGCUCAGUCGCCAGUGAACUUGCCUUAAGGCUAUGGAGGAAAAAAGGGAGCGAUGGCGGCUCGGUCUUGUCCAGCAUUGCCUCGGUAGUUUCGAUAGAUGGGCCUCUGUUGUCAUAUCCAACCUUUAAACCCCCUUGCGCCACGCCUGCUGUGUACUUUCAUCGAUCGCAACAAGGAAACAGUGCGGAAGUGGCCGCAUUCCAGAAAGGAUUCGCAGAUAUGAGGGUGUUAAAAGCCCCUGUCGGUGGCGGAAUGCCAAAGUCAAAGGAGGAAUGGUCGGGCGUGAUUCAAUUCUGGGGGAGGGUCUUAGCUUCUAGGAUGCCUGAUAUGGAGGGGUUGCAUCCCAUCAUUUCUGGGGGGCCCACGUUGCCUACGCAGUCAAGCCGUACAAGUCAUAGAAGGAAAGCCUCCUUAUCGGGGACCCCUUAUCGGCAGCUGGCGGUUGGUAAUUUAUCGAGUGAUUAG